AGUCCUCAGGCUAUCCUUGUGCCCAUUUCAAAGUUGGCAGCAACCUUGCUGUUGAGAAUGGCAUGUUGGGAACUAGGGGUGGUGAGCAUCCCCCAAGAGCUGCAGAUCUACCUUCUGCACAGGUGCUUUGGAAACCCCCUGUAUUGUGAGAUCCUAUGCCAGGACCUUCUCUCUAAGGACAUAUUGCUUUUUCAUGACCUAAAAAAGGAGGAGGAAGAGAACAGCAAGUGGGAAACCCUGUCAGCCAAAGCCAUAAAAUCCACAAUGUAUAGUAUUUCUCCUGCCAGCUCCAAAGAAGAUCAGGAACUUUAUGUCUGCACAGUCAAAGAUGAUGUAAACUUGGAUACAGUGCUUCUCCCACCACUGUUAAAAGAAAUAGCAGUAAACCAACUGGAUCAACUGAGCCCAGAGGAACAGUUGCUAGUGAAGUGUGCUGCAAUCAUUGGUCACUCCUUCCAUAUAAAUCUGCUGCAUCACCUCCUACCUGGCUGGGAUAAAAACAAGCUACUUCAGUUGUUGGGGGCUCUUGUGGAUAUGCAUGUGCUCCGCUGGCUUGAGCUUCCUGCUGAGUCCAUGUUAGUACCUUCCAUUAUUGACAUCAUUGAUCAAACCAAAGAGAAGAAAAAGUCAGACGCUGGCUCAGCCUCUCUUCUCCAGCUGCAAAAAGAACCAUCCCUGCCUCAAACUGAUGUUCUAGAAUUUGGAAUGCCUCUAUUGCGGGAAGCUGCUUGGGAGCUGUGGCCCAAGGAACAACAGAUUGCGCUGCACCUUGAAUGUGCCUGUUUUCUCCAAGAUUUGGCCUGCCGCUGUGGGAGCUGCCAUGGAGGGGACUUUGUCCCCUUCCAUCGUUUUGCAAUCUGUUCUACUAAGCGCUCUGGGGGGACCUUUAGAUUCUGUACUUACAAAGAUACAGGCUCAGUUCUAACACAAGUGACCACAGACAAAUUGCAGCUGCCUUCUCCCCAAGAUAGUUUUAAUUUCCAGGAAAAAACAUUCAGAAGUCAGGAGACCUUCUCAAGUGAACAGCACAGCAGAACAGAGGAAGAGUUCCUAGAGCGAGUGAACAGGAAGCUGGCUCAGACCAGCCCCAAGAAAGACCUGUUGACCACAAAGCCCUGCCACUGUGAGGAAAUCCUGAAACUAGUGCUCUCACCACUCACCCAGCACUGCUUGGUUGUUGGAGAAACCAACUGUGCAUUUUAUUACCUGCUGGAGGCUGCUGCUGCCUCCUUGGACCUGUCUGAUAAUUACAUGGCCUUCUUUUAUUUAAGGAAGGCAAGCAGUCUUCUGGGCCAACCCUCAGCAUUCUCGUUCUUGAAAAAGCACAAAGUGAAGAUCUGUCAGUUUGAGGAGGCCACUUUCUGCAGGCUCCGGUCAGAGGUCUGUUUCAACAUGGGACAGAUCACCUUGGCCAAAAAAUUAGCUAGGCAAGCCCUUCGACUGCUGAAAAGGAAUUUCCCUUGGACCUGGAUUGGUGUCUUUUUCCAAACAUUUCUGGAAAAGUAUUGGUAUUCCUGUUUCCUGAGCCAAUCUCCAAAUAAUCCCAGUGAGAAUAAGAAGAAGCUGGCAGUUCUACAGCAACGGGUACAUUGCCUCUCCUUGCUCUGGCAACUCUAUAACCUGGAGGCCACAGCCAGUAGCCGCAGGUUUGCCUGCCUGGCCACUCUCAUGCAGAAAAAUUCAGCUGAGGAGUUUGCAAAUGAAGCCCAGGUUGUCUCUACCUACGUGGACCUCUCCCAGUUCUCCCAGAACAUGGGCAAUAGGGAGAAGUGGCUGCACUGUGAACAGAUAGCCAUUCAGAAGAGUAGCCUGUGCUGGUUCUCCAGGGAAGGAUUAUUGGCUACAGCCCAGCUCAUGCAGGCCUUGGCCUACACCAAGCUCUGCCUUGGCCAUCUUGACUUCUCCAUCAAGCUGGGUUUUCAAGCUCAUGAGCUAUGCAGACACCUCAAGAAACCGGCUCUGGAGAAUCUAGUUCUCUCAGUUCUUUUCAGAUCUGCAUUUCUGAAGAAAAAGGUCAUGAUGUCCUCGGCCUGGCCUGCUUCUACUCUGCUUGCUUAGAUCUGCUGUUGUAUGGAAAAGGAUUGCUGUGUCGGCCCUUUGGCGAGUGUCUGUGUUUCAUUCAACACUAUGGGCACAGCUGUGUUCUAACUUCUCAAAGCAAUGUCAUGCUGGGGGUCCAUUCCUCCCUGGCCAUGUGGUAAUGUCCCGCUGAGGAUCUGUGGGAAAGGGUAGAAUUCUAAGGUCCUCCUGAACUCAUUUCGGCACCUCACCCCUCUAAGCAGGACAAUUCAACAUCUUACUUUUAAAGACCAUUCAUCACCUAUCCCCUAUAUUUUACUAAAACAGUUCUUCUCGCCCUUUGUAGAUUUGGGCCCAUAAGUUGAGGGUUACAUUUAAGAGCUAGAGUAACCCACGGCAAGGCUGAUUAUCAUGGUCUGUCCCACGGCAAGGCUGAUUAUCGUGGUCUGUUCUUUGGUCUCCUUGCAUGUGAGCUAGACUUCAACAUUUUCCAGCACCAUAAUUCUGACUGGGUGCCUCAGGGCCUUAAAGAAGUGACAGUUCAUGAAAGAAACAUGGUUUAUAAACGGGAGGUAGAGUUGAGAGUUAUGACUCUUUCCUUCUAGGUUUGCCCAGAACUCACAGUGGGACCUAUUUGAGCAUCACUUCUCCAAGGCUUGCCGAUUCUUGAAAAGAGCCAA